CUCCCUCAAACUCUCACUGGUCGCACUCUCACUCGCCCACUCACCGCCAGUCCGCCACUGUCCACUGGUCGCUCCCUCAGAGAAUUGAGCUGAGAAAAGAAACGAAAAUGCCGACUCUCAAAAAGGUCGGCCACCGAUCAUCGGAACCGGACCCAUCAAUCGACAGGAACAUUGGCAUUCAGACGCCAAAGAUUUCUGUCUACGAACAGACGAGAGAAGAGAGAAUCAGAGCUAACUUGGAGAGGAUGCAGAAGCUCGGCCUCAAGGAACUCUCUCUCAACCUCAAUCCACUUUCCCGGACCAAACCCAAGCAGCAGCGCAAAAGCUACACUAAGUUCUCCGAGAUGCCCGACCUUUCUUGCCCACGCCGCCGCUCUUCUAGGUCAAUUAAAUUUCACCCCUUUUCUUCUUUUCCCUUGUGGGUUUUUAUUCCUUGCUUCUGAUUCUUGUGAUCUGCUGAAGGAGAUGAAGUCUUGUGGAGUAGGGUUUUACUUUCCAUUGACCCUCCUUGUUGUUGAAGGAAAUACUUGUGCUAAUAUGGUAGGUUGAUUGUUGAUGAGUACUUUGGGGAAUGAAGUCCUGCAAUUAACUUGGUAUGAAUUUAGGCUGCAAAACAUAGAUCCCCCUAGCUAUGCAGAAGGGGGGAAGUCGAAGAUGGAUGUGUUAGAGGAUGAUGAACGUGUGAAUCGAAGAGCUGGUAGCAAGCCGGAGGUUUACUCGGAAGAGCAAGUGAAGAGGCUCGGGGGCACCGAGAGGACCUGGACACUUUUCGUGGAUGGAUAUGGGAAAGAUGGGAGAAGAAUUUAUGAUCCCAUUAAUGGCAAGACUUGCCACCAGUGCAGGCAGAAAACUCUCGGUCAUCGCACUCACUGUAGCAGUUGCCAAAGGGUGCAAGGGCAGUUUUGCGGAGAUUGUUUGUACAUGAGAUAUGGGGAGCAUGUACUUGAAGCCUUAGAAGAUCCAAACUGGAAAUGCCCAGUCUGCCGUGGGAUAUGCAACUGCAGCUUUUGUAGACAAGCAAAAGGGUUUGCUCCCACCGGGAUUAUGUACAGAAAGAUAUCAAGCUUGGGGUACAAGUCAGUUGCACACUACCUCAUGCAGACCCAAUGUCCAGAAACCAAUGUUGCCGAUGAAAGCUCAGCUCCGUCAAGUGGAGAAUCUGCUCAAAGAUUACUUGAAUUUUCAAAUACCAAUGAAGCAGAACCAAAGGAACCUUGUGAAAUCAAGCAUCAAGAAGAUACACCUGUGCAGCAACCUAAUUCUGAAGAACUCAAACCUGGCAGUGAAACUCCAGUAUUGAAUAGCGAGAUAAAGAGAUUGGUGUGGUUAUCAGAUACUGAAGUAGAUUGUGACUACGCAAAAUUUAUUUCAGCAACUCCUCCUAAAAGUGAAGGGAGGAGAGAAAACAAACCGAGAAGUGAAGAAGAGAAGGAGAAAAUGGCCAUUAACUUGGAGGCGGGGCAAAGGAGGCGGAGCAGGAGACUCAGCGUAAGUGAUGAUCAGAAUGAGGUUGAAAUAACAAUGGUGAAGGAUAGCAUCGGUGCAAGGCUGCGUCAAAGGCGCAGAUUAUGUGCUUAAACUAUUGAGUUCAAGGAGAAGAUGAGUCUCCUUCACGUGGAGAUGGCAGUUGCUUGAGACAUAGACACAAAGCAAGAUGAAGACUUUUUGGGUGGGGGAGAGUCCUGUGUCUUUAUUUUGUGAAGCGGAUUGUAGAUGUAAUGUAGACAUUGUUAGUUCUAGUUUAUGAACACUCUAGGUUUCCUCUUAUGUGGGAUUGGUGCAAAGAUGAUGAUAACAUUCUAGGACAGGAGCAUGGUUCGUUCAAGCUUUUGAGCCUGCAGAAAUCGAAACCGGAGAUGGUUCAACCGCCAGGCUGGUCCAAGCGGUCAAACGGUUUAGAGGCACUUGAUGAUUAGUUACACUAUGUUUGGCAACAAGUGGGGUGCAAGUUCGAGGGGGUGCA